GUGGACAGGUGAUGGACCAAUGGGCGUUUAGUUACAGCACGGGUCACAAGUUUGAAUUUGAAAAUGUUUCGGGGAUAGUUUGGAUGCGCGUCUCAGUUUUAAUUCGUCCUGCAUUCACGAGUCCGCCAUGAAGGUAAAUAAGGUAAAGGCGGAGGCUCUUUCGAUAUGGAUCAACGGCAUGUUUCCAGACGAACCCUUAGGACAGUCCAUCCACAUAAAGGACAUGCUCAUGAGAAUCUGCUGCAAAUUACAGGAGAAAGAGGAAUGUGAACAGUUAAAGUCUUUACCCCUUGAUAACAAAGUUGAAAACGUCUUAAAUAUUUUGCACAAUGACUUUCACUUCAGCAGAACACAAAGUUCUCUCAUCUCACAGAAGAUAAAUCAAGGAGUUGAUGUGGAGCUUCAGCUCGCCAAGGUGGCGCUUCUGCUUUGUUACUGCAGUUUUAAAAAGAAGAACCUUGUACCUAUGAGCACAAGUACAGAGUCUGUGAUUGCUUCCAUGUUUCACUUUGUAAAAGACAACGCAGAUGGUUUGUCUUUAGACGAAGGCCUAGAUCAGUUUCUGACUCAGGAUUCUGUGAUGAACGUCUCGAGCUCCAGCUCUGACAGCGGAGCCAGUUCGUCAUUUUACAUCGAUGACGAGUCUCCACUCUUCAGUCGCUUUCAUCGUCCUCCCAGAGUUCAGUUUCAGGAGCUCUGCACUGUGGCCUCCAACUUGGAUGGCUCUCCGAUACAGGACAUUAUGAGCACUCCACAUUUCCAGCUGAAGAAGCUCCGUAAGGAAUUGGCAGAAGAGGGUGACAUCAGGGAUGAACUUGAAAAAGAGCUGGCCAGUCAGAGGAACAUUAUCUUAGAGAAAGAGGGUCUGAUCUCUCAGCUGCAUCACAGAGUAGACCGUCUGCUGCGGGAACAGGGACAGUUGGAGAAGGACCAUAAAGCUGCUCUGCUGGAGCUCCAGGAGAAAAACGAGAGUCUUCUUCAUAGAGUACAUGAGGUACUCAAGCAGUGUCAGGACCUAAAAACUGACAACUCUCAGAAAGAGAAAAAGAUUGACGAUCUUACAGAGGAGAAUGGGACUCUUGCUGCUCAGGCACGAAAUGUCUUUGCCCAGCUGGCAAGAGCCGAGGAGGAAGUUGCUAAGCUCAUGCUGGCCCACGAAUCGUCAGAAGCUGAGUGGACGAACAGAAGGGAGUAUCUGGAGAAAGAGCUGCAUGAGGCUGUCACACACAGGGAGUACCUAAGUGAGCAGGUUCAGAUCUUACAAGGAAAGAUUUCUGCUCUAGAGGAUGAACUCAAGAAAGUUCAAAAUCAGGAGAGAGGAGAGGUUCUUGGUCCCAUCAUGGAGUGGGAAAAGCUUAAACAGGACUUGGCGGAUCUAACUCUUAAACUUGCUCAACUUCAAGACACUAUUUCAUGCCUUCAGAAGGAAAAGGCAGAGGUUGAGGCAUUACUGGCUGAGGAGAGAGGCUCUUUUGAAAAGGAAACAAAAAGACUUCAGAUUGUGGUGUUUGAUUUGGAACAGUCCAUUAGCAGCAUCCGUAUGGAGAGAGAGACACUACAGCAGGCUUUCCAGGCCCAGAAGGAAAUGCUUACCGCACAGAUAGACGCUCUGGAAAGGGACGUUUCUCGGAUGCAACAGGUGGAAGUUCAGUUGACAGCGGAGAUCAAGAUCUCUGCGGACCUUCGCCAACAGAAAGGGGAGCUGGAAGAGAAGGUAGCCUCUUUAGACCAGAUGGUCAAUGCUCUACAUGCUGAGAUCCAGGGGUUGGAAACAGAGAGAGCAUCACAGCAGGAUUCUCUUAAUGCCCUCGUUAUAGACUUGCAAAGUGCCAAAGCAACCCUUGGGGAAUAUGAGGAGAAGUUAAAAGAUCAUCAGAAUUUGGUACAAGAGAAGGAUUCCUUGAAAAUGGAAGCAUGGACAAUGCGACAUGAAAUUGAUGAGCAUCUUAAGGCCAUUGGAGAUCUUCAAGGGCAAAUUAGUUUUCUAAGACAAGAGAAAACAGAGGAAGAGAACAAGGUUAGUCAAGCAGUGACCCAAAUUGAGAGCCUUCAAAGCCAAAUUUUGCAACUAUCAGAGCAAAUAUCUCUGAAGGAUGAAGAAAUCAGAAAUUUGAGUAAAGAGUAUGACUCUUUAGACCACGAGCUAAAGCUUGUGAAGGAACAAAAUGUUGAAAUAAAUGAAAUGAUUAAAACAAUUCGUAAAGACCAUGAGGAUACUAUUAAGAAACUUCAGCAAGAGCUGUGUUGUGCUUCUUUAACUGCAUCAAAGAAACAGGAGGAAAUUAUGGUUCUGUCAGCUGAAGUUACAUGUUUGAACGAGAAGAUCUGUCACUACAAUGAAAACGAAAAUCAGAAACAACAGGAGUUUUCUGUUUUAGAGGCAGAACACAAAGUGUUGAUGGAAAAUGCGACUUCUCUUCAGAACCAGUUGGCUGAGGUUAAAAUUAUGAGUGCCCAGAAGGAAACUGAGCUCCUUUUGCUUCAACAGGAACUUUGCCAUCAAGAAACCAUGAGAAAAGAGGCGCAGGAGCUUGAGACUGUCAGGUCUGAGAAGUUUGAGAAGACUGUGAGUGAACUUCAGGCCAAAAUCUUAGAGGUCUCCUCUGUUGCCUCAGAGAAGGAUGCUUGUGUGACUUCUCUUCAGGAAGAGAUAAAGGAUCUGCAGCUGAGAGCCAAGCAGUCUGAAGAUGGUCUUCGCACGGAGCUGGAAGAAAAGAUUGACACCCUUCAAAGAAAACUAGAUGCUGCCAAGUGUGUUACUGCAGAUAAAGAACAUCUGCUGGAGUGCUUGGAACAGAAGCUCAGGGAGAUGGAACUGCUUUGCCAGCAAAAGGAGAAGGAUGUCAUUGAGACCCAUCAGGCAAAGGAGGACUUGGAGAAGAGAAUUGUUGAGCUUUAUGUUGAGAAAGAUCAACUGAUUGAGUGUCAGCAGAAGUUAGACCUAUUGAGGAAGGAAAGGGACCACUUUUCUGCUGAAGUGACAUCUCUCAAAGGGGAUAUAUGCCGUUCCCUAGAAAAUGAACGACAGAAACAACAGGAAAUUUCUGUGCUGGAGGCUAACCACAAUGCUUUAAAGGAAAACUUGGCUGCUCUUCAGAGCCAGUUGGUGGAGGUCACAGCUACUGCUUCUCAGAAAGAUUCUGAGCUCCUCUUGCUUCAACAGGAACUUGCCCAACAAGAGACCCUGAGAAAAAGCGCUCAGGAGCUUGAGACAGUCAAGUGUGAAGAAUUUGAGAGAAAGGUGAGUGAGCUUCAAACCAAGAUUCAAGAGGUUUCCGCUCUGUCCUGUGAGAAAGAAGCUCAGGUAAUUUCACUUCAAAAUGAGAUAAAGGAUCAGCAGUUGAGAGCAAAACAAACUGAAGAUGAUCUCAACAAAAAGCUGGAAGAGAAGGUUGGCUCCCUUCAAGGAGAUCUAGAUGCUGCCAAUUCUGUUGUUGCAGAUAAAGAACGACUGCUGGAGUCCUUGGAACAGAAGCUGAGGGAGAUGGAACAGCUUUGCCAACAAAAGGAGAAAGAUGUUCUUGAGACCCAUCAGGCAAAGGUGGCCCUGGAGAAGAGGAUUGUUGAGCUUUAUGUUGAGAAAGAUCAACUGACUGAGUGCCAGCAGAAUUUAGACCUAAUAAGGAAGGAAAGGGACAACUUUUCAGCUGAAGUGACAUCUCUCAAGGAGGAAAUAUGCCAUUCCCUACAAAAUGAACGACAGAAACAACAGGAAGUUUCUGAGCUGGAGGCUAACCACAAUGCUUUGAAGGAAAACUUGGCUGCUCUUCAGAGCCAGUUGGUGGAGGUGGCAGCUACUGCUUCUCGGAAGGAAUCUGAGCUCCUCUUGCUUCAGCAGGAGCUUACCCAACAAGAGACCCUGAGAAAAAAGGCUCAGGAGCUUGAGGCAGUCAAGUGUGAAGAGUUUGAAAGAAAGAUGAGUGAGCUUCAAACGAAGAUUAAAGAGGUUUCUGCUCUGGCCUGUGAGAGAGAAGCUCAGGUAAUUUCACUUCAAAAUGAGAUAAAGGAUCAGCAGUUGAAAGCAAAAGAAAUUGAAGAUGAUCUCAACAAAAAGCUGGAAGAGAAGGUUGGCUCCCUACAAGGAGAUUUAGAUGUUGCAAAUUCUGUUGCCGCAGAUAAAGAACAACUGCUGGAGUCCUUGGAAAAGAAGCUGAGGGAGGUGGAACUGCUUUGCCAGCAAAAGGAGAAAACUGUCAUUGAGGUGCAUCAGACCAAAGAGGCCCUGGAGAAGAGGAUUGUUGAGCAUUAUGUUGAGAAACAACAGCUAAAUGAGUGUCAGCAGAAUUUAGACAUCUUGAAAAAGGAACGAGAUCAAAUGUCAACUGAAAUAACAUCUCUUAAAGAGGAAAUCAACAGUUACCAGGAGAAUGAAAUGCAGAAACAACAUGAGAGGUCUCUUAUGGAAGUUGAAUGCAACACAUUAAAGGAGAACCUGGCUGCCGUUAAGGUGCAGUUGGUGGAGGUGACGUCUACAUGCUCACAAAAAGAAUCAGAGUUUCUCUUGCUGAAAAAUGAGCUUCACCAACAAGAGAUCCUUAGAAAAACAGCUCAGGAACUUGAGACAGCUAAGUGUGAAGAGCUUGAGAGAAAGGUGAGUGACCUUCAGGCUAAAAUCCUUGAAGUGUCUACUCUUGCUUCUGAGAGGGAAGCCUGUGUGACUUCUCUUCAAGAAAAGAUGACUGAUCAUCAGUUGAGGGCCAAACAGUCUGAAGAUGAUCUCCGCAGGGAGCUGGAGGAGAAAAUUGGAACCUUACAGGUGCAGCUGGAAACUGCCGGUCAUCAUGCUGCAGAAAAAGAUCGUCUCCAGCAGUCUUUGGAUGAGAAGGUGAGGGAGAUGGAGCAGUUGUGUCAACAAAAUGAGAAAGAUAUCUUUGAGACACAUCAGGCAAAGGAGGACCUGGAGAGGAGAAUUGUUGAGCUUCUUGAUGAGAAACAACAUUUGAAUGAGUGCCAACAAAAUUUGGAAACAAUGAGGAAAGAAAGAGACCACCUGUCAGCUGAAGUAACAUCACUCAAAGAGAAAAUCUGCCAUUACCAAGAGAAUCAGGUGAAAAAACAACAGGAAAUGUCUGUUUUAGAGGUUGAACACAACACAUUAAAGAAGAACUUGGAUGCUCUUAACAACCGAUUGGUGGAGGUGACAACUAUAGCUUCACAAAAGGAAUCUGAGCUUGCCUUGCUUCAAAAUGAGCUUUCCCAACAAGAGGUCCUUAAAGAAAAUGCUCAAGAGCUUGAGAACAAUGUGAGGGAACUUCAAGCUAAAAUACUAGAGGUUUCCACUCUUGCCUCUGAGAGGGAAGCUCAAAUAAGUUCACUUCAAGAUGAAGUGAAAAAUCAACAAUUAAGUGCCAAACAGUCUGAAGAUGAUCUCCGCAAAGAGCUGGAGGAAAAGAUUGGAAUUUUACAGGGACAAUUUGAAACUGCCAGUUGUGAUGCUGCAGAAAAGGAUAGUAUCCUGAAGUCUGUGGGCCAGAAGCUGAAAGAGAUGGAAGUGCUGUAUCAGCAAAAGGAGAAAGAUGUUCUUGAGUCACAUAAAGCAAAGGUGGACCUAGAGAAGAGGAUUGUUGAACUUCUUGAUGAGAAGCAACAACUGAAUGAGUGCCAGCAGAAUUUGGAUACAAUGAAGAAGGAAAGAGACCACCUGUCCUCACUUAGCCAGUCUCUACAGAGAGAAUGUGAUGCAUCCCAGAGAAUUCGAGCUGAGCUGGAGUUAAAGGUAGAGGAGCAAAGUGGCUCCAUCCUUGCUCUUAAAAAGGCUGCUCGACAGUGGGAGGAGCAGAAUCAGGAACUUUUGGAGCAACUGAAGAUAAAGUCAGAAGCAGUAGAACACUACAAAGCACAGGUGGAGAAAGCAAUAACUCACUAUAAUGGUAAAAAACAGCUGUUGGUGGAGGCUCAGGAGAUGAACAAGAAUCUUGAGGACUCGCUGGAGGCCAGCAAGAGGGAGGUCAAAGCUCUUGAGACAGAGAUGACAUUGGCCCGCAUGGAACUAGACCAGGCAAAGACUAAAGAGAAGAACCUUGUAACCAAAGUUAAUAGCUUGGAGGCUCAGGUGGACUUUGCUAACAGGCAGCUGAGAGAGCAUAAAAAGUUUGAAGUUGAUAUUGAAAAGGUGAGACACAGGGACAAUCUGUACAUGAGAGGCGCAGAAACACGGCAGGACACCAGCACAGAUAGCUUGGAGCUGAACGAUUCACUCAAUCCUGACAGUCAUUCGGCAAUGCCCGGUGAGUCCAGCACUCCGUUGGUACGUAGCUCUGAGCGUUUGGCUGCUAAACGUCGUGCCCUGGGCUCAGAAUCCCUUGAGACUCUCUAUUUCACACCUAUUGGUCACCAAGGCAACAAGCGAAAAGGUGAUCGAAAUGAUGCCAUUGAACGCAAACUGGAGACAAGUAUCACUUCUUUUGGCGAUCUUGUGGUCGACUCCACUAAGAAACUCACGGCCUCAGCCCGCAGGCGACGCACUACACAGGUUAUCAACAUCACCAUGGCCAAGAAGGCACUAGAAAGUGUUGAUGGGGAGGAGUCAUUUUCUAGUCUGCAUUCUGCCCGAUCUCAACCCAACCUGGCAACACAACACUCACGACCUUUCUCCUUGGACCUCUCCGAGGAAGGUGCUUUAUCAAAAACCGACAAACUUCAAAGUCUUCCUGGAUAUCGCAGAAGUGCUGUGCACAACGUUGUCCCAGCACGAGCCACCAGUACAUUCUGUAUCGGGGCAGAGAAUGAACCAGAGCACGCUGCCGAUGACUGGAUGCGCAUCGCUGAACUUCAGGCACGAAACAAAUCCUGCCUGCCUCACCUGAAGAGCAGCUACCCGCUGGAGUCCAGGCCCAGUCUGGGACUUCCCUCGUUCACCAUAACAGAUGAUGACAUGCGGAUGGGUGAUCCAGAUGAGACGAUUCGGCGUGCGUCCAUGAUACCGGGUCAGAUUCUGGAUUCCCUCAACUCUCGACGCUACUCUCUGGCACCUGGAACAAGCUCAAACCAGGCUCAUGCACAAUCGCAGCCCCAACGCUCCACCAUGUUACCCGGUCAGAUCCGAUCCAGCACUGCUGCUCAUCGGGCUGCACAGGACACAAAAACAACCGCACCCACACGAGCAUCAGCGAAUACGCGCAGCCCAUUGGCUCCCAAACGCCCUGGAUCCCAAUUGCAAGGCCCUGAUACACCUGAGACAAAGAAGUUGGCAAGCUGCUUCCCACGACCAAUGACGCCCAAAGGCAGGCAUGCCAACAGUCAAAACAGACCUCCAAACUCUCCCGUUGACCGAAGACAAUCUCUCAUGUUUACUGUGGUGAAUACUCCAAAGACCAACAGUCGCGGUGACAGCAGACUGCAGAGAGGCCUUAACAAGCUGCGCAACAGUGCCCGAAAAUCUCCAGCCGUGGCCAGUCGAGCACUGCGAUCUGCAGUUAACGGCAGAUCUCCUAUAGACUCAACGCGGGGAAAAUCACCCCGAAACAAGUCUCCCAAAUCUUCUAAUGCCAAAAAGGCAUUACAGUGACCCUCUGUUCUGACAGAUUUAUACUGAGUGUAUUAAAUUCAGGAUGAAAGUUUAAAUCGAAGAUUCCACCCAAAGUCUGCCUUCAUUCAUCUGGGUUUUAAAGACAACUAUUCACUUUCCUUUUGUGAUUUGUUUCUGUUCUUUACACAUCAUCUUUUGUUUUAAUUGUUUUAUUGUCCUGUCUGUUUCAUUUAAUAGGUUGUAUAUGUAUUAUAUUUAAAUUUAUUUCUUUUUUUCUUUUGAGAAUAAAGUUCUUUAUGCCACAUGUGCUGAUGAGAUUUUCACCCUUUGCUACAUAUUGUAUAGCAUUAACAAAAUCAUGUGCAUUUAUUUUGAUAUUUAAGUUAACAUUUAUUUGUAUAUAUAUAUUUUUUACUUUAGCUUCCCAUCCUGGUUUAAUGUGCAGCGAUAACUACAGGUUAG